UCAGAAUACUUCCCUCAAAAACAUAAUCUCCCCAUAGAGUACCUGCUCAACUAUUUGUUGGUGAAAGCUUUUCAACUAACCAAAGUUACUUUGAGUUUUGACGAAUUCCAUACCCACCAUAUUUUCCGGCAAUAUAAUUUUUUAAUAAUCAUUCUUAGCGUAGACACUAUACAUUAAUACGUCUACGUUCCUACCUUAAACAAUAUCGAAAACAAAAUCAUCAAGAGAAGAAAAACUAAAGCAUUCAUCAAUGGCGGCAGCCAAACUUCUAUCAUUUGCAUGUUUUCGGAGUGAGAUCAUUCAGACAGGUUCAUCACCGAAACCUCACUACCCAUCCAUGCCAAAAUACCCAAAAGGAUUUUCGAAGGAGAAAUUAAUACAAGGGUCUGAAUCGAAAGCUCUGUUUUCAGUGACGGGUAUGAGUUGUUCUGCAUGUGCUGGUUCUGUUGAGAAAGCUAUUAAACGACUUCCCGGUAUUCAAGAAGCUAUUGUCGAUGUUUUGAAUAAUAGGGCUCAAGUCAUCUUUUUUCCUUCUUUUGUUGAUGAGGAAAAAAUUCGUGAAACAAUCGAGGAUGUUGGCUUUGAGGCUGCAUUGAUUGAAGAAGUGAUUAGUGAAGGUAACAACCAUAUGUGCCGGGUACAUAUAAAGGGUAUGACUUGUACCACUUGUGCAAAUUCUGUCGAAGCUAGUCUUCUUGGAGUUCAUGGUGUCAAAAAGGCUCAAGUUGCACUAGCUACCGAAGAGGCAGAAAUUCAUUACGAUUCGAAGCUGGUCAGUUACAGCAAACUACUGGAAGCUGUAGAAGAUAGCGGGUUUGAAGCUGUACUUAUCAGCACAGGAGAAGAUAGAAGUAAGGUGCAACUAAAGGUUGAUGGGGUAAGGACAGAUGAUUCAUGGAAAAUUCUUGAAAGCUCACUAAAAGCACUUCCUGGUGUCCAAACCAUAGAAACUGAUCCCACUCUCGAGAAAAUAUCCAUUUCGUAUGAACCAGAUAUUACAGGACCUAGAAAUUUUAUUGAAUUGAUCGAGUCAACUGGGUCCGGGCACUUUAAGGCUACGAUUUAUUCUGAAGAACGAGGACGAGAUUCUCAUAAACAAGAACAAGUCAAGCAGUAUUAUCGAUCAUUUUUGUGGAGCCUCAUCUUUACAAUACCAGUGUUUCUGACCUCUAUGGUUUUUAUGUAUAUUCCGGGUGUGAAAAAUAUAUUUGAUACCAAAGUAGUGAAGAUGCUGACUGUAGGAGAAAUAUUGAGGUGGGUUUUAGCAAGUCCUGUUCAAUUCAUCAUUGGUUGGCGAUUUUAUUCUGGGUCAUACAAGGCGUUAAGACAUGGUUCUGCAAACAUGGAUGUUUUGAUUGCCUUGGGAACAAAUGCAGCAUACUUCUAUUCAGUUUACAUUGUGCUUCGAGCUGCUACAUCUACAAUGUUCGAGGGAACUGAUUUCUUUGAGACAAGCUCGAUGCUCAUCUCCUUUGUCCUUCUAGGAAAGUAUCUAGAAGUUCUAGCGAAGGGAAAGACAUCUGCCGCUAUUGCCAAGCUCAUGGACUUGGCCCCAGAAACGGCGACACUAUUGACCCUUGACAUUGAUGGAAAUGUGACAAACGAAAAAGAUAUUGAUAGCAGAUUGAUUCAAAAAAAUGAUGUGCUUAAGGUUAUUCCUGGGGCAAAAGUAGCCUGUGACGGUUUUGUAAUGUGGGGGCAAAGCUAUGUAAAUGAAAGUAUGAUAACAGGGGAAUCGAGGCCGGUUCCUAAGAGGAAUGGCGAUGUAGUGAUUGGAGGGACUGUAAAUCAGAAUGGGGUGUUACAUAUUAAGGCGACAAGGGUUGGGUCAGAAAGUGCACUUUCUCAAAUUGUUCGUCUUGUAGAAUCGGCACAAAUGGCCAAAGCACCUGUGCAGAAGCUUGCUGAUCGAAUCUCUAAAUUUUUUGUGCCUUUGGUCAUAAUUCUUUCAAUUUCAACUUGGCUAGCUUGGUAUUUAGCUGGAAAAUUCAAUGGCUACCCGAAAUCAUGGAUACCUUCAUCCAUGGAUAGCUUUGAACUAGCAUUACAAUUUGGGAUUUCUGUCAUGGUUAUAGCCUGCCCAUGUGCUCUGGGUUUGGCAACACCCACUGCUGUUAUGGUUGGUACUGGAAUUGGUGCUUCUCAAGGUGUUCUCAUUAAAGGUGGUCAAGCUCUGGAAAGUGCACACAAGGUGAAUUGCAUUGUGUUUGACAAGACUGGGACUCUCACCGAAGGCAAGCCAGUAGUUGUGAGCACGCGACUCUUGAGACAAAUGGUUCUUCGGGAGUUUUAUGAACUGGUUGCUGCAGCUGAGAUUAACAGCGAGCAUCCAUUGGCAAAGGCCGUAGUCGAGUAUGCCAAGAAACUUGGAGAAGAGAUGGAAAAUCACAUCUGGCCAGAAGCAACGGACUUCGUUGCUAUCACUGGUCAUGGUGUAAAGGCCAUAGUCCGAAAUCAAGAGAUCCUGGUCGGAAAUAAGGGCUUGAUGUUGGACCAAGGUAUUGCCAUUUCUAUUGAGGCAGAGGAAUUGCUUUCUGAGGCCGAAGCUAUGGCUCAAACCGGUAUCCUGGUAUCGAUUGGCGGCACACUAGCAGGGGUUAUCGCCAUUUCUGAUCCUUUGAAGCCCAGUGCACAAGAUGUCAUAUCUAUUCUUAAGUCUAUGAAUGUCAAGAGCAUCAUGGUGACUGGUGACAACAACGGGACUGCAAACUCCAUAGCCAAACAAGUCGGAAUUGAGACCGUGAUUGCUGAAGCCAAGCCUGAGCAGAAAGCCGAGAAAGUCAAGGAAUUACAGGGUGAAGGUUAUGUAGUGGCGAUGGUAGGAGAUGGUAUAAAUGAUUCACCAGCACUUGUGGCUGCCGAUGUUGGAAUGGCAAUUGGUGCUGGGACCGACAUAGCGAUUGAAGCAGCAGACAUUGUUCUUAUGAAGAGCAAUUUAGAGGACGUGAUAACUGCCAUUGAUCUCUCGAGAAAAACAUUCACCCGGAUACGUUUGAAUUACCUAUGGGCUUUGGGUUACAAUGUGCUCGGUAUCCCAAUCGCUGCAGGAGCGUUAUUCCCUUCACUUAGAUUCCGCUUACCACCAUGGAUUGCUGGAGCAGCUAUGGCUGCUUCUUCAGUCAGUGUUGUUUGCUGGUCUCUCUUGCUGAAGAAUUACAAAAGACCCAAGAAGUUGGACACUCUUGAAGUUAGGGAAAUAAGGGUUGAAUGAUGGAAGUCUCGUAUGUAGUGUAGCAUAUGCCAUUUAGUAGUGUGAUACAACAAUAUUGGUUUUGUAAAAUACUCACUCCGUCACUUUCAGUUUGCACCACAAGAUUCAAAUAUCUUGAGAGUUUUUAAAUCUGGUGUAAACUUGAAGGGACAUAUGAAGUAUUUCAAUAAUUCAUGCAAUGAUGUAAAUAGUACUUUUUAAAUGCUGAAAUACUUGCUAUAUUAUGGUUAUUGGCACUAUUCA